AUGUCUGACAAUGGAGAACCGGAAGACAAGCCACCAGCUCCUCCCGUCCGGAUGAGCAGUGCUAUCUUCAGUUUAGGGGGCAAAGACCAGUUGUCUGCCAACCACAGCUUGAAACCCCUGCCCUCUGUACCAGAAGAGAGAAAACCUAGGAAUAAAAUCAUCUCCAUUUUCUCUAGCACGGAAAAAGGAAGCAAGAAGAAGGAAAAGGAAAGGCCAGAAAUUUCCCCACCGUCAGAUUUUGAGCAUACCAUCCAUGUUGGCUUUGAUGCUGUUACUGGAGAGUUCACUGGAAUGCCAGAGCAAUGGGCUCGGUUGCUUCAGACCUCAAAUAUCACGAAGCUAGAACAGAAGAAAAACCCCCAGGCGGUACUAGAUGUGCUGAAAUUCUAUGACUCUAAAGACACAGCAAAACAGAAGUAUCUGAGUUUUUCUGCUCCAGAAAAAGAUGGUUUCCCUUCAGGAACGCCAACGGUGAGUACCAAUGCCAAAGGUUCAGAACCAUCAACAGCUGUGGCAGAUGAUGAUGAGGAUGAUGAAGAAGCUCCUCCUCCUGUUAUUGCUCCACGGCCAGAUCACACAAAAUCGAUUUAUACACGGUCUGUAAUUGACCCCAUCCCUGCACCAGCCAGUGACACUUCUGUUGACAGUGCAACGAAAUCGGGUGAUAAGCAGAAAAAGAAGACCAAAAUGUCGGAUGAAGAGAUCAUGGAAAAACUACGCACUAUUGUGAGCAUAGGAGAUCCCAAGAAAAAAUACACCAGAUAUGAAAAAAUCGGGCAGGGGGCUUCAGGUACAGUUUUCACAGCUAUUGAUGUGGCAACGGGGCAGGAGGUUGCUAUUAAACAGAUAAACCUGCAGAAACAGCCCAAGAAGGAGCUGAUUAUUAAUGAGAUCUUGGUAAUGAAGGAGCUAAAGAACCCCAACAUAGUCAACUUCCUGGACAGUUACCUCGUAGGAGAUGAAUUGUUUGUGGUGAUGGAGUAUCUAGCUGGAGGCUCACUAACAGAUGUGGUCACUGAAACAUGUAUGGAUGAAGCACAGAUUGCUGCUGUUUGCAGAGAGUGCUUGCAAGCGCUUGAGUUCUUACAUGCCAACCAGGUCAUCCACAGAGACAUUAAGAGUGACAAUGUGCUGUUAGGAAUGGAUGGAUCAGUUAAGCUAACCGACUUUGGUUUCUGUGCUCAGAUCACCCCAGAGCAGAGCAAGCGCAGCACUAUGGUUGGAACUCCUUACUGGAUGGCUCCUGAAGUGGUCACACGGAAAGCGUACGGCCCUAAAGUGGAUAUCUGGUCUCUGGGCAUCAUGGCUAUUGAGAUGGUGGAAGGAGAACCCCCAUACCUCAACGAAAACCCCCUGAGGGCUUUAUAUUUGAUAGCAACUAACGGGACACCAGAGCUGCAGAACCCUGAGAAACUGUCCCCAAUAUUCCGGGAUUUCUUGAACCGAUGUUUGGAGAUGGAUGUAGAGAAAAGAGGAUCAGCCAAAGAAUUGCUACAGCAUCCCUUCUUGAAACUGGCCAAACCUCUGUCUAGCUUGACGCCGCUGAUCUUGGCAGCCAAAGAAGCAAUGAAGAGUAACCGCUAA